AUGGUCGCCGUCGCUCUUUCGCACUUGACUUCAGAGAGCCUACGGCCAAAUACGAGCGUCAUCAUGCUGUACGAGUACGGAAUACGCGCACGGAGUAUGCCGUUCGGAGCAGACGUCAAGGUCAAAGCACGCGACAGCGAUCGGGAAAAAGCCUGCGCCAUGCGCCAAGGGCAAUCCGUAUUUUGA